AGCGGGAGGAGAUCCGGUGACGGAGGGCACUCUAAAGUUGCUGCAGACGCAGAGGAGCACCUCCCAGAGUUGCCUCACGCUCCGACAGAGGGGUGCAGGGGCAGCUGCGUCGUGCGCCUGGAUGGAAGGGGGCGGCCCCUGUGGGAGCGAGGCCCGGGACGCGGUGUGUGGACUCCGGGCCGGGUCCCUGUAGCGCCCUGUUGAUGUUGCUGGACCGGGCGGGCCGCGCAGCCCGGACACCGGCAGCCGUCUGUAUGGAGCGGAGCGGCUGCAGCCCAUUCCCAGUGUGCUGGGCUGAAGAAUAUGACAGGUACCUAGCAUCUAGCAAGAUAAUGGCAGCUGCUUACCUGGACCCAAACUUGAAUCACACACCAAAUUCUAGUACCAAGACGCACCUGGGGACCGGUGCGGAGCGUUCCCUGGGAGCCAUGGAGCGAGUGCUGAAAGUCUUCCACUAUUUUGAAAGCAACAGUGAGCCGACCACGUGGGCCAGUAUCAUCAGGCACGGAGAUGCCACCGACGUCAGGGGCAUCAUUCAGAAGAUAGUGGACAGUCACAAGGUAAAGCACGUGGCCUGCUAUGGAUUCCGGCUCAGCCACCUGCGGUCAGAGGAGGUCCACUGGCUGCACUUGGACAUGGGCGUCUCCAGCGUGCGAGAGAAGUAUGAGCUCGCACACCCAUCAGAGGAGUGGAAAUACGAAUUGAGAAUUCGUUAUUUGCCGAAAGGAUUUCUCAACCAGUUUACUGAAGACAAGCCGACUUUGAAUUUCUUCUAUCAACAGGUGAAGAGCGAUUAUAUGUCAGAGAUAGCUGACCAAGUGGACCAGGACAUUGCUUUGAAGUUGGGUUGUCUAGAAAUACGGCGGUCAUACUGGGAGAUGCGGGGCAAUGCUCUAGAAAAGAAGUCGAACUAUGAAGUAUUGGAGAAAGAUGUUGGCUUGAAGCGGUUCUUCCCUAGGAGUUUACUGGACUCGGUCAAGGCCAAGACGCUGAGGAAGCUGAUCCAGCAGACGUUUAGACAGUUCGCCAACCUGAACAGGGAAGAAAGCAUUCUGAAAUUCUUCGAGAUCCUCUCCCCAGUGUACAGAUUCGACAAGGAAUGCUUCAAGUGCGCUCUUGGUUCAAGCUGGGUUAUUUCAGUGGAGUUGGCGAUCGGCCCCGAGGAAGGCAUCAGCUACCUCACAGACAAGGGCUGCAGCCCCACGCAUCUGGCUGACUUCAACCAAGUGCAGACCAUUCAGUACUCAAACGGCGAAGACAAGGACAGAAAAGGCGUGCUGCAGCUGAGGGUAGCGGGCGCGCCCGAGCCUCUGACAGUGACGGCCCCGUCCCUGACCAUCGCCGAGAACAUGGCCGACCUGAUCGAUGGCUACUGCCGGCUGGUGAGUGGAGCCUCGCAGUCUUUCAUCGUCCGGCCCCAGAAAGAAGGCGAACGGGCUCUGCCGUCCAUACCGAAGCUGGCCAACAGCGAGAAGCAGGGCGUGCGGACACACGCGGUCUCCGUGUCAGGAGUCGGUCACUGCCAGCAUAAGGUUAAGAAAGCUAGACGCUUUCUCCCUUUGGUCUUCUGUUCCCACGAACCUGCUACGGAUGAAAUUAGUGGGGACGAGACGGACGACUACGCGGAGAUCGUGGACGAGGAUGAGGCGUACACCAUGCCCUCCAAAAGCUAUGGAAUAGACGAAGCCAGGGACUAUGAGAUCCAGAGGGAGCGAAUCGAGCUCGGGCGCUGCAUCGGGGAAGGCCAGUUCGGAGAUGUGCAUCAAGGCGUGUACGUGGGCCCGGAGAACCCGGCUUUGGCGGUUGCCAUUAAAACGUGUAAAAACUGCACUUCUGAUAGCGUGAGAGAGAAGUUCCUUCAAGAAGCCUUGACCAUGCGGCAGUUCGACCACCCUCACAUCGUGAAGCUGAUCGGCGUCAUCACGGAGAACCCCGUCUGGAUCAUCAUGGAGCUCUGCACGCUCGGCGAGCUGAGAUCUUUCCUGCAAGUCCGGAAGUACAACUUGGACCUAGCAUCUCUGAUCCUGUACGCCUACCAGCUCAGCACAGCUCUCGCGUACCUGGAGAGCAAGAGAUUUGUGCACAGAGACAUCGCUGCUCGGAAUGUCCUGGUGUCCUCAAAUGACUGUGUGAAACUGGGUGACUUUGGACUGUCCCGAUACAUGGAAGACAGUACUUACUACAAAGCUUCCAAAGGAAAAUUGCCUAUUAAAUGGAUGGCUCCAGAGUCGAUCAAUUUCCGACGCUUUACCUCAGCCAGUGACGUGUGGAUGUUUGGUGUAUGUAUGUGGGAGAUACUGAUGCAUGGUGUGAAGCCUUUUCAAGGAGUGAAGAACAAUGAUGUGAUCGGGCGAAUUGAGAAUGGGGAGAGAUUGCCAAUGCCUCCAAAUUGCCCUCCCACCCUCUACAGCCUUAUGACGAAAUGCUGGGCCUAUGAUCCCAGCAGGCGGCCCCGGUUCACUGAGCUCAAAGCUCAGCUCAGCGCGGUCCUGGAGGAGGAGAAGCUGCAGCACGAGGAGCGCCUGCGGAUGGAGUCCAGACGGCAGGUCGCGGUGUCCUGGGACUCUGGCGGGUCCGACGAAGCGCCGCCCAAGCCCAGCAGGCCUGGCUACCCAAGCCCACGGUCCAGCGAAGGCUUCUACCCGAGCCCGCAGCACGCGGUGCAGACCAACCACUACCAGGUCUCUGGCUACCCUGGCUCACACGGCGUCCCCCCCAUGGCCGGCAGCAUGUUCCCGGGGCAGGUGUCUCUGCUGGACCAGACGGACUCGUGGAAUCACCGGCCACAGGAGAUGCCGAUGUGGCAGCCUGGAGUGGAGGAGCCCACCGCGCGGGACCUGCGAGGCAUCGGGCAGGCGCUGCCGGCACACCUGAUGGAGGAGCGGCUGAUCCGGCAGCAGCAGGAGAUGGAGGAAGACCAGCGCUGGCUGGAGAAGGAGGAGAGGUUCCUGAAACCUGACGUGCGGCUCUCGAGAGGCAGCAUGGACCGGGAGGACGGGAGUCUCCAGGGCCCGGCUGGAAACCAGCACGUCUAUCAGCCUGUGGGAAAACCAGAUCCUGCAGCUCCUCCAAAAAAGCCACCACGCCCUGGAGCCCCCGGCCCCCUGGGCAGCCUCGCCAGCCUCAGCAGCCCUGGGGACAGCUACAACGAGGGCGUUAAGCUUCAGCCCCAGGAAAUCAGCCCCCCGCCCACUGCCAACCUGGACCGCUCCAAUGACAGGGUGUAUGAGAACGUGACAGGCUUGGUGAAGGCCGUCAUCGAGAUGUCCAGUAAGAUCCAGCCCGCCCCGCCCGAGGAGUACGUCCCCAUGGUGAAGGAUGUCGGCCUGGCCCUGCGCACACUGUUGGCCACCGUGGACGAGACCAUCCCCAGCCUACCAGCCAGCACUCACCGAGAGAUCGAGAUGGCGCAAAAGCUGCUGAACUCAGACCUGGGCGAGCUCAUCGGCAAGAUGAAGCUGGCCCAGCAGUACGUGCUGACCAGCCUGCAGCAGGAGUACAAGAAACAGAUGCUCACUGCCGCCCACGCACUGGCCGUGGACGCCAAGAACUUGCUGGACGUCAUCGACCAGGCGCGGCUGAAGGUGCUGGGCCAGACGAGACCCCACUGAGCUGCAGGGGCCUGCUGCGCUCCCCUCGCCACUCCGUGUCCACCAGCAGCCAGCGGCGCCUGUCCGCCACCAGCAGGGCCACGCCAACUCUCUGACAGCUGGUUAAAAGUCUCUCACACAAGUUCAGCUACAUUUUGAUUUGGGUUCAUUUUUCCUUUUGUUUUUGAAUCGGUGUUCAGAAGAGUCCAGGAUCCAAAAUGUGGUGUUUUUCUGAGAAUGAAAGUCGUACGUGAGAAGCCUUUAGGGUCAUGAAGGAGUGUGUACGCUCUGUGUUCGCGGACGCGGCUGGGACUCGUGGGCGCAGAGAGGACGAUGGGAGAACCCGCCUCGGAGCAGCGUGCAGACUGGAGUCUGCCGCAUGAGAACCCGCCCCGUUUGCCGUUCGCGGACCCCACUUGACGAAGCAAGAGCGUGACAGCUCUGUUUGGAAGGCCGUGCGUUUCAGACAGAGAACAACGGCCCUCCCGUCUUCUCCACUUUCCCCUUCCUGCGGGUCUGCAGGCGUCCGCGGGAGCCACUGGGGAGCAGGCACCGCAAGCCCUCCCCCCGCGCCGGGGCGGCGUGCGGUUUUGUGGGGUGCUCUCCACCAGCGCACCUCUGAACUGCACUGAGAAGAGGCUCCGACCCACCCUGUCUCCAUUUUUAUAUAAUUUAUACAGAAAGAUUAAAGCCAUGUUGACUAUUUUAUAGCCACUGGAGUUAACUAACCUUCAUCGUGUCUGUCUUCCCAGGAGGGGUCUGCGCACUGGAGCGGUGGGCAUUCUCUGCUGCCCUGCCACCCCGCCCGCUCCGGUCACUGCUUUUGAGAACAGCACCCUCCCUUUGGUCUGUUGGGGGAUAUAAGUUAUUCUCAGGAAGAAUAUAAUGAAUUGUACAGUUACUUUGGCCUAUUAAAAAGGUGUUACCAGUAAA